GCGCGGGGCGCGGGCGGCUCCGGGCUCGGUUCUCCAUUCAUCGGGAUCGCGGCGGGCUCCGCGGCGGCGGCAGGAUGGCUGUGCUCCUGCCCCUGCUCCCGCUGCUGCUGCUGCUGCCGGGCCGGGGACCGCCGGGGGUCCUGGGCAACCGCCACGCCGUGCAUUGGAACAGCUCCAACCUGCACCUGCGUCGAGAGGGCUACACGGUGCAGGUGAACGUCAACGACUACCUGGACAUCUACUGCCCGCACUACAACACCUCGGUGCCCGAGCACCGGCUGGAGCAGUACGUGCUCUACAUGGUGAACGCGGAGGGAUACCGGACCUGCAACACCAGCCAGGGCUUCAAGCGCUGGGAGUGCAACCGGCCCCACGCACCGCACAGCCCCAUCAAGUUCUCGGAGAAGUUCCAGCGCUACAGCGCCUUCUCGCUGGGCUACGAGUUCCGCGCAGGGCAGGAGUACUACUACAUCUCCACCCCAACCCACAACCACCGCCGGGCCUGCCUGAAGAUGAAGGUGUUCGUGUGCUGUGCCACCACGUCGCACUCCGGGGAGAAGCUGGCACCCACCCUGCCGCAGUUCACCCUGCGGCCAGAGGUGAAGAUCGAGGACCUGGAGAACUUCAACCCAGAGAUGCCCAAGCUGGAGAAGAGUAUCAGUGGCACCAGCCCCAAGCGGGAACACUUGCCUCUGGCUGUGGCCGCCGCGCUCUUCCUCAUGACGCUGCUGGCCUCCUAGCUCCUGAUGCUGGUGGGGGCCCGGCCAGCACGGUUCUGCCAAGCGGGGACCCCCUAACCUGCUGCCCCUCGUGAGAGCCAGUGGGGAACCACCACGGGACCACCCGGCUCCUCUGCAUCGCCACCCCCCCCCCCGCCCGGAGAGCCUCCCCAUGGGGCUGGGGGCCACGGCAGAUGCCAUUCUUGGCUGGGAGUCACCCCCCUACCCUGCCAAGGGCUGCGUCCACGUCUGCCAGGAUGCAUCUUGGUGCUGCUGCGUGCACCGCACCUUCUGCCGACACCGUCCCGCACGGCACAGAGCCCUGCCCCUGGAGACCUUGCCCGCAGCUCAGGGCGGUCCUCCGUGGCUGGAAGGGGGCAGUGCCAGGCUGGGGAGCCCGGUGGCCGGGCAGCCUGUACAUAACCUAUAUAGAGAUCUAUACAUACUGUACAGAGAGCGACUAGAGAUAUAUCUAUACUGUACCAUAGCAGCGGCGCCGGCCCCGGCCCCGCGCCGGCUUGUACAUAGUCGAACGUGUUGGAUUCUCCUCGUCUUCCGUGAAGACCUGACCUAUGCAAACGCACAGACACUUUUUGGGGG